AUGGCUCAGAAGGUCGCGGUUUUCGUCUUCACUUUAGCAUGCCUCGCCGCAGUAGGAUUUGCGCGCCCUCCGGCGAGCGUUCGCACUCAGCUGGCGAAGAUCGAGAAGAACGACGUGUUCCUGGGAACGUACCAGGGGUCGCUCUAUGCUGAGCUGGACCACGUGGACGGCGCCGACAAGAUGUCUGACGGCUAUGCCUACAUGGCAAUCUACAAGAAGGACGACGAUUACAACAUUCGCUUCGGUGGAGAGGCUGAAUCCAAGGAGCCUGGGGAACCCACCGCGUUCACAAUCAGCAGCGUCGCCGACAACAGCCUGGCUAUCGACAUAGGCGCGGGUCAGACAUACAAGAACGCCACGUACGAGCUCCGCGUGUUCAAGUUCCUUCAGAAGUUCAUUCCGUACUCGUACAAGUUCAAGGGCAAGUGGACCCAGGCGAGCACCGUUACUGUCGCCGCGGGCACGCUGAAGGACACCGUUGACGCGAUGAAGCAGAACCCUAAGAACUACUACGCGAUUUUCAACACGGCGACGAACCCUGCUGGCUGCGCCAAGGGCGAGUUUGAUUUCAUCCAGCCGUGGUGGAAGCGCCUGUAA